UUUGAUACUUUUUUUUAAUGUCGACUUCAAAAAAGUACAUAUUUUUUUAAACCACCCCAAUCUAAGUAAAAAAAUCAUUUUAUUUUUGCUACAUUUGGUUUUACAUAAACCAAAAAAUCUUAAAACAGCCACACUUUGAGACCCAGUUUCCCAGUUUAUUUUUUCUCAAUUUAAGUUCCGAUUUACUAAUUUGUUAAUCGAUUCAAUGUAAACUAUCAGGUCACCGCUUUGCAAAGAAACUCGACCAAAUCAGCCUGUUUCCGGUUUCACAAAAAAUUAUGCCACCGAUUUUUUUUCAAAGUGAUUGUAAAAUGACCUCCAAUACCGUAGGAAAGUGACAAGAGUAUGCUAAUGAUUCAUGAAAAAAGUUGCUGGUAGACAAAUAAAGGUGACGUCUGUAAUUGGAAAGUGCACUUAAGAAAAACAAUAAAAUUCAUGUUUACUAAAUAAGCAUUAUAAAUAAGUGCAUUUGGUCAUAAAGUUGAAUUUAAUCGUAGUGUCACAUAAUUCAUGAAAAAAAUUAGACUGAAUAAAUUAAAAAAAAAUAUGGCAACAACUUGGUUUAGUCCGCGGUCCGCGUCAAAACCUCAACCUCCAAAUACCUCAAUUAACGAAAAAUUGUUACACUUAGACAUUUCAAAAGAAAUCAGUUUCCUAUUAUUUAAAUUUGUUUUUUUGUCACAAGGAACCUUGAGAAAAACUUUUGACUCCACAGUUCGCAAUAAACAAUAAAUAAAAUAACCUUAUGUUCCACCUCUUCAAAACCUUAAUUAUGCAUAUAAAUUUUCUUUCAAACAUAUGUCCUUAAGUUUCUUCAUUUUUUUCACAUUGACCUUUGCACAAAACCCAAGGGGCCAGAUUUUGAAACGUACCUAAAAUUACAUAAUGCUAAUAAAGAACAACAAAUAUUAAAUAUUUACAUAAAAUAACGUGUUUUUCCAAAACCGGCGUCAUUUAUUAUGUAAAUAUCACUAUUUUCACUAAUUUUUCUUUUCAACUUUUUAACUCUUUUUAGGUUAACUUUUUGUUGGUAUGUCAAAUGUCAAUGUGUCAGUCAAAACUACAUUACCAACUGUGAUUCACCCGAAAAAAUAUUUUUAAAUACUUAAAUUGGGAAAAUUAGUUUCUUAUUGCACCUUUGAUAUUUGUACUUUACUUAAACAAUUACAUGUAAUAAAUAAUUAAUUGUAAACCAACAAAAAGAAAACUCGUCUUGCUCAGAGGUUGCUGUUACAGAAACCUGUAAUCUGUAACGUUUUCGUUCUGUCAAACAAAUUUUCCGUUUGAAUUUGAAGUUUACAAACGGUUAUUACUGUCACCCAGUCUCGCAUGAAAUGAACGUUAUUUAAUCCAAACGAGUGUUAUUCGAACUAAAAAACAACAAACUCCGUGAAAAUGAACCCAGUGAGCAAAUUCACGCCGAAAAUUCGUCGAGAGAAAACCACCCUUUCAAACCCGGACAUUUCAAAGAAAAAAGACCCAGUGCAAGUUUUUUGCCGGCUUCGCCCCCUCAAAGGCAACGAGGAAUCCACUUGCAUCAAAUUGCUAUCACCGACAACUCUUGCACUCACCACUCCUGCUGAAUCCAAAGUCGCUCGUAAGGAAAUCCACUGCAAAUUCAAGCACAUUUUUACCGCUUACGCCACCCAAAAUGAGGUUUUCGACCAUGUGGCUUUUCCCUUGUUGGAGGAUUUGCUUAAAGGUAAAAAUGCGUUGCUUUUUACGUACGGAGUGACCGGAUCCGGGAAAACUCAUACUCUAACUGGGGAUCACAAUAAUCCCGGGAUUAUGCCGAAGUGUAUCUACACGAUUUUCAAUUCGAUUUCGUCUUUCCAAGCUCCCAAAUGUGUGAUUAAGUCGGACAAAAUGAACGGGUUUGAGGUGCAAUCGCAGGAUGAUGCUAUGCAAGACCAACUGAAUUUGCUAAGGGCGUCCUCCAAAAGCACUCCAAGGAACACUGCGAAGAGAAAUGGGAAAGAUAAAACUUAUGUAAAUGACGGAAUGAAAAUAAUGGAUAUUAAUGAAAGUAAUUUGUACUCGGUUUUCGUGAGUUACAUUGAGAUUUAUAAUAAUACGGUUUAUGAUUUGUUGGAUGAGAACACCGGAACCCGGAUUCAGGGUAAAAUACUACGCGAAGACUCGAAUAAAAACAUGUACGUAAACGGUGUUGUCGAGACUGAAGUCAAGUCGGCAGAAGAGGCUUUCGAGUUGUUCAAUAUCGGUCAAAAACGCAAAAAAAUGGGAAACACAAUUCUGAACUCAGUCUCAAGUCGGAGUCACUCAAUUUUAAAUAUUCGCGUCGUCCAGUUACAACAAUACUCACAUAACACUGAGGGACGCCCCAUGAUACCCGACAGCAACCUCCUCAAAAUCUCCCAAUUGAGUCUGGUGGAUUUAGCCGGUUCUGAACGGACAAACCGGACGCAAAACACCGGCCAAUUACUGAGGGAAGCAAGUCAAAUUAAUAACUCUUUAAUGUCAUUGAGGACUUGUUUAGAUAUUUUGAGGGAAAACCAAACGACUGGAAACAACCGAUUGGUGCCGUAUCGCGACAGCCGUUUGACUCUACUUUUCAAGAAUUAUUUCGAAGGCGAGGGCCGAGUGGAAAUGAUCGUUUGUGUCAACCCCUCAAUUGACGAUUUUGAGGAGAAUUUGCAAGUCAUGAAGUUCGCCGAAGCAACGCAAGAUGUUAAAGUAGCUCGAUCCGAACCGAAAUAUACCCCUUGUAGGAACAAAAUUUCGAAGAAAACUGUGACUCCAAUGAAAAGCAAAACGAAUUUGUUUACAAUUGGACCGAAGAUUCCCGAAAUCAAAUUGAGGAGUUUCAUGAAUCUUGACGAAAGUCAGGUGGCUUUAGAGCGACUGGCUAACAUCUUGAAGACCAGAUUUGAGAAAGUCAAAACUUUGGAUUCGGAUUUAGACCAACAGGAGGCUCGUUUCAGGAAAAGAUUACUCGACGUUCACCAAGAAAACAUUUUGGGAAAAUCUGAAUUGAAGAGCACGAAGGCACAACUAAGAAAGGAGAAACAGAGAUGUUCCAAUGUAGAAUCGAAACUGACCGAUAUGGAAGCACGCAUUGGGGACCUCAAGUCAAAAAUGAGGGAGUAUCAGGACGAGAUAGCCUCCCUAAGGAAUACCAUAGCAGAGAAAAAUUUGAAAAUUAAUAAAAACAUCCUCGAAAAGGAGAGAUCUAAACAGAAACUGGCUCUCCAGAAUGAGAAGAUGACUCAAGAACUGGACGCGAAGCUGCGGCGUCAACGCGAGCACCUCCAGGCGGCUGCGAAAGCCAAGGAAAAUAAGUUACAAAAAGUACGAGAAAUUCUAGAUAAGGAGAUAACUCCCCCGGAAAUCGAGGAGGAGGAGAAACAGCCGCUGCAAGAACAUAACGUAUUGGAGACUCCUAAGCAGCAAACAAGGAGAUAUGUGGGGACACCAGCCGUGAGGGGAAGGAGAUCUAGAUCGGCAGGGCCGGGAGAGGUUUGGCUUGAACAUAAUUCGAUUAAACCGGUACCACUGGGUACUGUCUUACAACCGUCCAUGAAAAAACGCAAAUCUGUUACGAAACUGAGUAAAGCCACUGACGUUACUAAUCCAAAGCAGAGCAAGUAUUGUCUUAUCGCGCAAGAGCAAGAUGACGAUGGGGUCGAGACGAGGGUUUAUAAGGGUGAUAUUUUACCCACUUGUGGGGGUGGGGCACAGGUGAUUUUUAACGAUGUGGAGAGACUACGUCAAGAAUCGCCAAUGGCUGACUCGAAUUAAUUUUAUUGUAUCUUUAUUAUUAUUAUAGGCACUAUUUUUUAUUUGUUGGUUUACAAUUAUAAUACAGAUGUAUAAAAAAAUGUACUUAAUUAAAAUAAUAAAUUAAUUUUGCGGGAUUA